AUGAGUGUACUUAGUGAAAAGAGCAAGUAUCAGAAACAGGCUCAAAGAAAUUACUUAAAAUUCAUCUCUAUCUUUCGAAAUAUACCUGUUCCUUGUUAUCUGAAAGUGGUGGUGGUGGUGGAGAUUAACAGUGAAUUUCGAGUUCAGGUAAGAGACUAUAACAGCAAAAAUGGCACUAUAAAAUGGCAUACCCACAGAAGGCAAAAGCGGGAAUGGAUCAAGUUUGCAGCAGCUUGUCGAGAAGGUGAAGAUAACUCCAAGAGGAACCCAAUUGCUAAAAUUCACUCAGACUGUGCCAAGGACCAGGAAAUUACAUAUCGCAUUUCGGGAAUGGGAAUUGAUCAGGCCCCUUUUGGAGUCUUUAUUGUUAAUCCAAAAACGGGUGAAAUUAAUAUAACAUCAAUAGUCGAUAGAGAGGUCACCCCAUUUUUCGUCAUCUAUUGCCGAGCUCUGAAUAAGCAAGGUCAAGAUAUGGAAAGGCCUCUAGAGCUCAAGGUCAGAAUUCUAGAUAUAAAUGACAAUCCACCAGUAUUUACAAUGACUGAAUUUGUGGGAAGUAUAGAAGAAAAUAGUUUCGCAAACACUCUGGUGAUGGUGAUAAAUGCUACAGAUGCUGAUGAACCAAAUAACCUGAAUUCCAAAAUAGCCUUCAAGAUUGUAAGUCAGCAACCUGCAGACUCACCAAUGUUUAUUAUGAGCAGACAAUCAGGAGAAAUUCGAACCAUGAAUUCUUUUCUGGACCGAGAGAAAUAUUCUAUGUAUACUCUUGUCGUAAGUGGCUCUGACAGGGAUGGAGCUGCAGAUGGGCUAUCAGCACAAAGCGACUGCAAAAUCACAAUUUUAGAUGUCAAUGAUAAUUUUCCAAUGCUGGAAGAGUCCUCAUACACUUUUUCUAUCCAAGAGAAUAUGAUUAGCCAAGAAGCAGGUCGGUUCAGAGUAAUUGACUUGGAUGAAGAGGGAACAGACAAUUGGAAAGUAAUUUACAUGAUCAUGUCAGGAAAUGAAGGCAACUGGUUUCGAAUAGUAACAGAAGAAAGGUCUAACGACGGCAUUCUCGAAAUUAUGAAGCCUCUCAAUUAUGAAGAAAUACAGAACAUGCAGCUUGGCAUUGCUGUUAGAAACGUAGCUGAAUUCCAUCAUUCAGUUAUAUCUCAAUAUAAAAUGCAAGUAACUUUGGUCAGCAUAAACGUUGUCAAUGUGAUAGAAGGAUCAGUAUUUGCUCCAGCUUCUAAGACUAUCAUCAUAAGUAAAGGUACGGGGAAAAAUGAUGUCAUUGGAUCAAUGAUAGCAACUGAUUUAGACACAGGAGGACCUUCAACAACAGUCAGAUACAUAAUGGGAUUGAAUCCUGGUGAUUUUCUAGCAAUCAAUGAAAGAAGUGGCCAACUUAUCAUGAAAAGUGAAAUGACCAGGGAUUUAUAUACACAGCUCGGGGGACACUAUCAAGGAACUAUUCUAUCCAUAGAUGAUAAUCUCCAAAGAACUUGUACUGGCACCAUUAUUCUUGAUUUGAGCAACUUUGAACAUCUCACCCAUGAAACAAACACUGGAGGCACGGGUGGAGGUGGCACUGGUGGUGGAGGUGGCUCUGGUGGUGGAGGUGGCACUGGAGAUGGAGGUGGCACUGGUGGUGGAGGUGGCACUGGAGGUGGAGGUGGCACUGGAACCGGAUCACGUGAUGACUAUGAAACUACCUCGAGUGGCGUGUAUGGUAUUACUACAACUUUUGGAAGACCAGGAGUACCAGACCUCUAUGGCUAUCCUGGAGAUAAUGUGCAUCUUGGUCCUGCUGGUAUUGGACUGCUUGUCAUGGGAGCAUUGGUACUUUUAUUGGUCCCACUUUUGCUGACAGUAUGUGACUGUGGGGGUCCCAGUGGUGUGGGAGGAGGCUUUGAGCCUGUUCCAGAGUGUUCAGAAGGUGCAAUCCAAACAUGGGCACUAGAAGAACCCCAGCCAAUAACCAACAUCUGCAUCCCAGGCGUAACAAUGAUAGGCACUACAGAUGGGAAUGAAUGCAUUGACACUGUUGGAGUUUAUACAAAUGAAUAUGGAGAAAGAGAAAUGACAGAUCUAGGAGAAAUAGGAAUGGGAACAUCAGGAUUUGAAGUCUCCAAUGGAACAAAAACAUGUGCAGUACCUGAAGUUUGUACAGGCUAUUCUGGCACAUUAAGAAGGAAUUCCAUGAGAGAAUGUAGAGAAGGUGGCCUGAAUAUGAACUUUAUGGAGAGCUACUUCUGCCAGAAAGCAUUUGCCUAUGCUGAUGAAGACGAAAGUAGACCAUCAAAUGAUUGUUUACUUAUCUAUGAUAUUGAAGGGGUUGGCUCUUCUGCUGGCUCUAUUGGUUGCUGUAGUUUCAUUGGAGAAGACUUGGAUGAUAGCUUCUUGGAUAACUUGGGGCCAAAAUUUAAGAAAUUGGCGGAUAUUAGCCUGGGUAAAGAAAUUGAUUCCUGUCCAGAAGUCGAUCACUCUUGGCCACCAGAGAGCACCGAACCCAGCUGUCCUCCUCAGGGAAUUGAUCACCCACCAAUGUCUCCACAUUUUGGUACCACAAUAGUUUCUGAGAGCACCUAUCCCUCUGGGCCCAGCGUUCAGCAUUCUGUGCCUAUACCUGACCCUCUGGGCUAUGGAAAUGUUACAGUGACUGAGUCAUAUACCACCACUGGGUCCCUGCAGCCCCCAGUACAUAUUCAUGAUCCUCGGCAUGGCUCAAAUGUUGUGGUAACAGAGAGGGUGGUGGGACCCAUCUCUGGCUCGGAUCUCCAGGGCAUGUUAGAUCUAACUGAUUUCAGAGAAGGGUCCAAUGUUGUAGUGACAGAGAGGGUAAUUGCACCAAAUUCAAGACUACCUACCUCCCUGAGUAUCCCUGACCCCAGAGAGUCAUCAAAUGUGGUAGUGACCGAAAGAGUAAUUAGACCAAGUUCUGGCCUGAUGGGCAAUCUGAGUAUUCAUCCUGACUUAUCCAAUGCCCAUAACGUGGUUGUAACAGAAAGAGUUGUUUCUGGCACUGGAGUAACUGGAAUCAGUGGUGGUGGUGUUAGCGGUGUGGUUGGCACCAAUGUGAGCAGAGCUGCCAUGAGCAUGGGUGGGGCAGGUGUUAGCAUGAGUGGAGGUGGAAUGGCUUUGAGUGGAUCUGGCAUGAGUGGGGGCAGCAUUGAAAUGAGCAGCCUCGGAGCUGGGGGAGGUGGCCUGAGUAGCAUGGGUCUGAACAGCAGUGGCAUAAGUGGCAGUUCUACGCUUGGCCACGUAAGGAAUUCUGAGCAUUUUAACCAGACCAUCGGAUCAGCCUCCCCCAGUACGACUCGAAGCCGGAUCACAAAGUACAGUACCAUACAAUACUCAAAGCAGUGA